ACUCUCGCUCAACCGACUCGGACCACGACUGUCUCUCACACUCAGACACUUGCCUUAAAGCCUGAAAUUAUAUUUUCCGUUGAUUUUCUCUGCAAAUGCUCUUGGAGAUUAAGCGUUGAGAGACUGAGAUGAGCGUAGUUAGAAUUCAGGGAAGCUGCGUGGCGAUCCGUACUCUCUCCCCUUCUUCUUCUUCUUCUAUCAACCGCUGCGCUCACGGCCACGGUUCUUCAGAUGAUGCAACUUAUGGGACGCCUACUUGGAUUGGUAAGGGCCUUACUUGUGUUUGCUUCAAGCGAAAGGGAACUUAUGAAAGGAUCUGCAUGAACUUGACUCCUCAACAGGAAGAAAGACUGAAAAGAUUGAAGCAUCGGAUGAAGAUCUACUUUGAUGCUUCCAGGCCAGAUCACCAGGAAGCUUUAAGAGCACUGUGGUCUGCAACAUACCCUGACCAGGAGCUCCAUGGCUUAAUAUCUGAUCAAUGGAAGGAAAUGGGAUGGCAAGGAAGAGAUCCAUCUACUGAUUUCAGAGGAGCUGGAUUCAUUUCUCUGGAGAAUUUGUUGUUCUUCGCCAAGACUUUUUCGACAUCAUUUCAGCGUUUAUUAAAGAAGCAGGGCGGAAAGCGAGCUGCAUGGGAGUACCCUUUUGCAGUUGCCGGUGUCAAUGUCACUUUCAUGAUUAUGCAAAUGCUUGAUCUUGAGGCUACUAAACCUAGGACUUUUGUGAGAUCAGUUUUCUUGCAAAUGUUGUCAGAAAAUGAAUGGGCGUUCGACUUGCUGUAUUGUGUAGCUUUUGUGGUCAUGGACAAACAAUGGCUGGAGAGAAAUGCCACCUACAUGGAGUUCAAUGAUGUUUUGAAGUCGACUCGGGCACAACUGGAGAGAGAACUUCUAAUGGAUGAUGUUUUAAGGAUUGAAGAUCUACCUUCUUACAGUCUUCUCAGUUAGCAGUAACCGACUAAAAGUUGAAGCAAUAAUUCUGAGAUUGGUUUCAAUUUGUUAUUAUAUUUAUUUAACUUUGUACAAUCGUCUCCCUCGAAAAUGAAUCCAUAACUUUCAUAUUCUGAUACAUGGUAGCCAACUUGUGUAAAGUUCUGAAUCCAAAUUGGACAGAGAUGCUGUAUUAUAUGUAAUUCUAUAUUCAGUUUUGAGGCAAAGGGAUGAUUUCAGUUCAAAUGUA